UUUACAUUCGAUCCGUACCUACACGCUGCUUCCACUUAAGAUGUGUGCCAUGGAGAAAUCUGUCCGAACUGCUGUGGUGUUUGUGGCCAUCUCCAUGCUCAUUGCCUGCCAUCCAACAGAGGCAUGGUACAAGCAAUCAACUGGUCCAAGCUACUAUUCUGUUGGUAGAGCCUCCGGUUUGCUCUCCGGGAUCCGCAGAUCACCGUACAUCCGUAGGUCCGAACAGGAGUCACCUCUCGAGACCAUAGAGUCUACUGGUAAUAAUGUUAUUCCAGACUUGGUCAACCGGCAGACACCCGUCCUGAAAAAUAUGGCUAUUUGUGUCAAAGACAUCAGUCCGUCUUUACAGAGUUGUGAGCUUGUCCAGGAUGGCUCUAACAUGUUUAGAUGCAAAGCUGAUGUGUUUGUGUCCCUCAACACGCUGGACUGCCUGGAUGCGUGAGCGUUUGCUUCCUACUCAAAACCUCGUUAUUCUUUCUCAUUUUUGAAACAACAUACGGACUGAUGACACUGAAUGUUUUCUCAUUUCACGCAAUGUUAAUGUGUUGUCAACAUAAAAUCAAGCUAAAUAAUGGUGAUAAAACUGCAAGUCGCGGUGUAGGAGAUACAAACUGCCUAUUUUGUGAGACAUACUGAACCUUGCCAAAUGUAUGUAAUUACCAUAAUUUCCCAGAAUCCCUCAAAGAUGUUAUCAUUAUUUUAUUAAAGUUGGAAGAUGUUACCAAAGUGUGGGUUAUAAUAUGUGUGCAUUGCAAUCUCAUGUAGGAUAUACUGCCCUGGUAGACAACCAUCUUUUGAGUUAUUUCAAAAUGUAGCAAUGUUUUUCCCCCCACAAUUACUUCAGAGAUAUGUACAGAACAUUUUGUGUUGUCAAGUUUGCAGUAAUGAAGAAUUGUUUUGCACACAACAGAAUAUGUGAAAUCGAAGCUUAGAAAUACUAUAUUGUUUAAGAACAGGAUACUGGUACAUAUACAAUACACUGUUUCCAAAGACAAAAUAAGUUAUUUAUCUGCUGAUAUUAAAAAAAGUCAAAUGACAAAUGAUUCACAAAUGA